AUGGUCUACUCUAUCCAGGGCGGCUCUCAUUACGUCGGCCUCUGCCAUCGUUUACAUUGGCUCGACGCUCUCUCUGAGGCUUCAGCACGCGCGUGUCGCCAGUGGCGAGAAGAACGAGGAAGCGUGAAGGCCAAGGACGCCUACAUGUUCCCGCUCAUUGGUUCGGGCGUGCUGUUGGGGUUCUAUAUCCUCUUCAAGUCCCACCGAGGCGUUCAGUCCACUGGCGCUCUCGCCACUGUUCAGAGGCAGCUCGAAGACGUACACGCGCACCUCGAAAGUGCCGUUCUACGCCCGUACAAGCUCGUGCUGUCGCAAGCUAGGAUGCUUACGGUCGUGCUGGCUUCCAUCAUUGCAGCAGCCUGGUUUCAGACCAAACACUACUAG